AUCUUCUCUCAUCCACACAACACACAAUUAUCUCUCUCUCUCUCUCUCUCAAGCCAGUAAAUGGCUCUCGCCGGUAGCACCAGCCGGAUCCUCUGUACCACACCAAAGAAGACCCCAUACGCCCACGUUCCUCUCCACCGUCCAUUCCUCAAUCCUUCAUCUCCUUCAUGGUCCCACCACCCCAGAUCAUUACCUUUCACAGUCUCUGCGAGCCCGAAGAAGUUCUCUUCUUCGUCAAGAACCGGAAGAUUUGACAGCAAGAACCGGAGAAACAGCCCCGUCACUACCAAAGAGGAAGAAGAAGCAGAAGAAGAGGAAGCAACGGAUGAGAUUGAAGGAGAUGACUAUAGCACUAGCUUUGCCGUUGAUGAUGGGUUUGUAAUGCCGAAGCUCCCUGGUACUGAGCCUAAUUUCUGGGAAGGCCCUCAGUGGGACGCUCUUGGAUUCUUCGUGGAGUACAUGUGGGCUUUUGGCAUCCUUUUCGCGUUAGUAGCUUGUGGCAUUGCUGUGGCUACAUACAACGAUGGAGCAACCGAUUUCAAGCAAACCCCUGCGUACAAGGAAUCAAUCCAAUCUCAGGAGCUUCUUGAAGAACCGGAAGCAUCUAACUCGGAUGUCUUUGAGUCGAAUCCAACGGAACAAGCGCCGAGUUUGGAGUGAUUAAGGUUGUGAGAAAAUACAUGAUACAAGAAAGAUGUGUACUGUAGGCAUCAUAUCUAUUUGGAAGGUAUAUAUAGCCCUUGCUACUGUGCUUUUUAUAUGAAUUGUUACAGGGAAUAUAGCUGGAUUAUGUUUCAAGUGCUCGGUUGUACUUUUGCAUGAUUUCAUUUU